CUGGGGGCAGACCACCCGGCCACUCUAAGAAGUGUCGGCAACCUGGCUACGCUGCUGCAAAGCCAAGGAAAGUACAAUGAAUCCGAGACGAUGCAUCGACGUGCACUGGAGGGGAGUGAGAAGAUUCUUGGAGCAGACCACCCGGACACUCUAACAAGUGUCGGUGGUCUGGCUACCGUCCUACAGGACCAAGGAAAGUACAAUGAAUCUGAGACGAUGCACCGACGUGCACUGGAAGGGAGUGAGAGGAUUCUUGGACCAGACCACCCGGACACUCUAACAAGUGCCAACGACCUGGGUAUUCUGCUGAGAAAUCAAGGAAAUUACAGCGAAUCCGAGAUGAUGAACCGCCGCGCACUGGGGGGCUAUGAGAGAAUUCAUGGACUAGACCACCCGUACACUCUAACAAGU